AUGGGUGUUCAAGACUUUGUUCGCUUUAACCCGGAUGACUACAGAGCUAAAGUACAGGGAUAUGACGACCAACAGCUGCAGAAGAAAGAGGUUGUACUGAUCCGGACGCUAUACUCGAGCACCGCGGGCGUCAUCAGUGGCGUCGUUAUGGCUCCUGGUACCGGAGGUGCUUCACUUGUCGGUUCCGUCGCUGGUGGCAGGGUAAUGCAACUCGUUGAGCAUAAGCUUGCGGUUGUCCGAACCGAACUCAUGAGGCGUGGGAUGCCGUUGCACCAGAAGACAACGCGAGACCAAGCCAUCCCUGCGGCUACCGGUAGCGUAGCCGGAGCAAUGGGUCUGUUCUCGGGCGUGGAAGGACACCUAGUCGGCACUGCAGCUGGCGCCGCGGCUAACCUGGUCGGAGUCGAAACACAACCUCUUGACCGUGUCCAAACCGCUCCAAACCGCCCAGUCGAUCAAGAAUCAAACAGUUUUCAGAAACUGAGGAGGUCGCUGACCGAGACUGCGUCCUCGAAAGCCCGAUCCCUGCAGUACCAUUUCUCAUCCGAAGACAAGGAUCUAUUUCGGCAGUACGACAAUCUACUCGAACGAAAGAAAACACUGGAAGGACGGUACCAACAGUUUCGUGUGUCGACGCUAGGAGCUGCGGGCGAGAAGUGGUACUGGCUUGUCGAUAAAAUCGCUCCGACGUAG